CCUGUGGAAUGUCCAGGGCUCUGGUCCGCUCCUCGGGAUGGGGGGUGCCUAAUCCUAGAGCCGCAUUCCAGGAUAAGGGGGGUGGGGAGAGGCUGGGCCGGGGGAGGGGCAGGAAAGAGGGCUAUAAGGGCAGCGGCCCAGGCGGGCGGAAUCCAGGCGGGCCAUGGCGGAUGUCCCCGGGGCACAGCAAGCGGUUCCCGGUGGCGGCCCAGAGCCCCGGGACCCCCUGGACUGUUGGGCCUGCGCUGUGCUUGUAACAGCCCAGAAUCUGCUGGUGGCUGCCUUCAAUCUUCUCCUGCUGGCGCUGGUGCUGGGGACCAUCUUGCUACCCGCUGUCACCAUGCUGGGCUUUGGCUUCCUCUGCCACUCUCAGUUCCUGCGCUCCCAGGCACCCCCUUGCACCGCGCACCUGCGGGACCCCGGUUUCACGGCCCUUCUGGUCACCGGAUUCCUGCUCCUCGUGCCGCUGCUCGUGCUUGCUCUGGCCAGCUACCGCCGCCUCUGCCUGCGCCUCCGCCUAGCCGAUUGCCUCGUGCCCUACAGCCGAGCCCUUUAUCGGCGUCGGCGCGCCCCGCAGCCGCGGCAAACCCGGGCCUCACCAGGGUCCCAGGCCGUUCCUACAUCAGGAAAGGUCUGGGUAUAAUGACCCUCGAGUCAAGAACAACCCUGACGGCUGACCUUCUUCUUACUUGGCCCAAAGACUUGAAGCCCGGCAUCUUCCGGCCUGCCCUGCCCCCACCCCUGCCUGAGCGGAGUCCUAGCAUCCCCUUGGGAGCAGCGGCGUCAGUGGACCCAGUGCUGAGGAAAGCCCCCACAUCCCGGAAAACCCACUUUCCUUUCACUACCCACAUCUCAAUCCUGAACAUCGGGGCUGGAACCUGCACACCUCCCCCCUCAGCCCCGUGGUGAAUGGGACAACAAUCUCGUGCCCUCCUUUUAUGGUGCAGCUCCUCCAGUAUUUCCGGGGCUGGGGCGCGGGGCUGGAGGGGAAGGAGUGUCCAUGCAUCAAUAAAGAUUUAACGAACUGAA